CUUUACUAAUAUUUAUAAUAUGACCUGCUUUGAAUAUCUGUUUUUAAAACUAGUAUUGAUGAGUGAUAUUUAAAAUCAUCUGAAGUUCGUUUUCAUUCAUAAAUCUGAAAUGAUCAUUUAUUUAGAAUCUCUGUUAACCACAACUCCCUUGCAUAUGAUGCAUCCUUGUCGGCAAACACAUGAUGAUAUGUCUUCAGUCUAUGACGAUCUGUUGGUUGCUGCUUCAGGUUAAUGAGAUCAGUGACAUUUACGGCAAUUUUCGAAACACAUCCGAAUGAUGACGAAGAAAUUAUGGAAACCUGCGUGACGAAGGUUUCUUUGCAUAUCUCCUGUAAAGGACUCUUGGAUAAAGAUUCCUUUUCAAAAUCAGACCCAUUAUGCGCAGUGUACAUUUUUAAAGAUGAACAUUGGACAGAGUAUGGUAGAACGGAACGAGUUGGUAAUAAUUUGAACCCGGAAUUUUCGAAGAGCAUUUCUGUGAAUUAUUAUUUUGAAAUGGUGCAGAAACUGAAGUUUACUGUCUACGAUGUGGAUAACGAAACGAAAAAGUUAAAUGACGACGAUUACUUAGGUUCUAUGGAGUGCACCCUUGGUCAAAUUGUGUCCAGGAAAAGCUUCACUGAAAAGUUGAUAAUAAAAGAUAAAAAAAAUGCUGGCACUAUUACAGUUGUUGCAGAAGAACUCAAUGACUCCAAUGAAAUAGUUCAAUUGCUUUUUCAUGGAAAGAAUCUGGACAAAAAGGACAUUCUUGGUAAAUCUGAUCCAUAUUUAGUCAUUUCUAAGCAACUUCCUGACGGAAGCAACCUGCCUGUUCACAAAACUGAGAUUUGUAAAAAUACUUUGAAUCCUUCAUUUAAAAUGAUCGAGAUUCCAAUCUCUGAGUUAUGUAAUGGUGACUAUGACAAGAAGAUCAUGGUGAAAUGUUUUGAUUGGGACAAAGACACUGAGCAUGAUGUGAUUGGUGGAUUUGAGGUGACCUUACGUGAACUUUCAGGUGGAAAAGAUCAUGAGAUUUCUUUUCCUCUUGUCAAUGAAGAAAAGAAAGCUAAAAAGAAGAAAUAUGUCAAUUCUGGUGUUCUUUAUCUGUCAAGUUUUUGUAUUCGGAAAGAUUUUACUUUUCUUGAUUACAUUAUGGGUGGUUGUCAAGUAAAUUUCUCUGUUGGAGUUGAUUUCACAGCAUCUAACGGUCAUCCUUCCAAUCCAACAUCUCUCCAUUUUAUCAGUCCUUACAGUCCCAACGAAUAUGUCCAAGCUUUGGUUGCUGUUGGCAGUGUGUGUCGAGAUUAUGAUAGUGACAAGAUGUUUCCUGCGUAUGGUUUUGGUGCGAAACUUCCUCCCAAUUACGAUCGUGUUGCCCACGAUUUUGCUCUCAAUUUUAACCCAAACAAUCCCUCAUGUCAAGAAAUUGCAGGUGUUGUUAGUGCUUAUCAAAAUUGUAUCUCAUGUAUUGAGUUAUAUGGACCCACUAACGUUUCGCCUAUCAUCAAUCUCAUCGCAAAAUCUGCUGAGAAAUUGGUUGGAACUUCAUCAUAUCUGGUGUUGUUGCUGUUAACAGAUGGUGUGUUAUCAGAUAUGUCGGAUGCAAUAGAUGCUUUAGUGCGUGCUUCAAAGCUACCAAUGUCAGUAAUUAUCGUCGGUGUUGGACAAGCUGACUUUACUGAUAUGAAUACAUUGGAUUGUGAUGAAGGAUUUCUAAGCAGUCCUCGUCACGGCAGUGCUGUCAGAGAUAUUGUUCAGUUUGUGCCGUUUCGUGACUUUAAACAGGAUCCUGUAGCUCUCGCGAAGGCUGUGCUGGCUGAAGUUCCGAAACAAUGUGUUGAUUACUUCAAGUCGCAAGGUAUACGGCCUGGAAACCAGUGACAAGAGUGAUGUCAUGAGUGACGUCAUCCUCGGCACUAUAAAUAUUUAAAUAAACUAAGCGAAGAUAUGAAUAGAAUGAUUGAGUUAGUCAAUACUUCACUUAAGGUAAAUAUUCUUUUACCGAAUGAAAACUAAAAUUAUAUUUUUAGCGCGUUACUCUUAUUUUAUUUGACUAUCGUGCGUGAAAUCAAAAGCAAAAUAUCAUUAAUAUAUUUACGUGUAUUGCGAGAA